GAAAGUUCUCUAUCUUUAUUCUAGUUUUGUUUCACUUUGUAAACUCAGUAUGAACUGUUAAUAUUUAUUCAUAUGAAUCAAACUUUGAUUCUAGACGCUGAAGAAAACACAAGUCACCUGACUUUCUGUGAAAAAGAAAUUGAAACUAACUUUGUUCUUCAGAUCAGCCUCCAUUUUGAGCGGAGGAUGGAAAUAACGCGCUGACUUGUUAAUAGAGAAGUCCAGAAGAUGGAAGAUCAGGAUGUAAAGGAGGACAGAGCAGAACCUCUAGGAUCCAUCAGUCUGUCUAUGAGGAGUGACCGUUCCAAAGGUGAACCUCUACACUUCAGUAAUGAACCUGGACCAUCAGACAGAAAGAGCAGCAUGUCCUGCUGUUCUUUGUGUCAGAAUGUUCUGAUGGAUCCGGUCUCUACCAACUGUGGAUCCUCCUCCUGCCCCCAGUGUGGAGAAAGACCCAGAACAGGAGCUGGACUGCUGACAGUCAAUCAGAGCAGCUGUGCGCCAGCCAUCUUUGUUUCAGCAAAUGUUGGUCUGCAGGAGGUUCUACAGGAGCAUAAGAUCAGUCUGAGGAUGAGAUGUGAAUGUGUGACUGAGGGAAGGGAUGAAACAGAAAGUAGAACCCUCCUCAACAGAAUCUACACUGAUCUCUUCAUCACAGAGGGACAGAGUGAAGAUGUUAACACCCAGCAUGAGAUGAAGCAGCUGGAGAGAGUUUCCAAGAUCCAGAACCUCCAUGUUUCUGCAAUCAGGUGUCAUGACAUCUUUAAAGCCUUCCCUGAUCAACAUGGAGCCAUCAGAGUGGUUCUGACCAAUGGCGUUGCUGGUGUUGGAAAAACCUUCUCAGUGCAGAAGUUCACUCUGGACUGGGCCGAUGGCUUGGAGAACCAAGAUGUCAGUGUGGUGGUUCUGCUUUUGUUCAGGGAGCUGAACUUGAUCAGAGAUGAGCAGCACAGUCUUCUCACGCUGCUUCAUGUUUUCCAUCCAACACUCCAGAAGCUCCCAGCAGAGCAGCUGGCUAAAUGCAAACUGCUCUUCAUCUUUGAUGGUCUGGAUGAAAGCAAAUUUUCACUGGACUUCAACAACAGUCAGCUGGUUUCUGACGUCACACAGAAGUCAUCAGUCAACGUUCUGCUGACAAACCUCAUCAAGGGGAACCUGCUUCCAUCAGCUCUCAUCUGGAUAACUUCCAGACCUGCAGCGGCCAAUCAGAUCCCUCCUUCGUGUGUUACCAGGGUAACAGAAGUACGAGGCUUCACCGACGCCCAGAAGGAGGAGUACUUCAGGAAGAGGUUCAGUGAUGAAGAGCUGUCCAGCAGAAUCAUCUCCCACAUCAAGAAAUCAAAAACUCUCCACAUCAUGUGUGGAAUCCCAGUCUUCUGCUGGAUCACUGCUACAGUUCUGGAGAACAUGUUGACCUCAGAGCAGAGAGGAGAGCUGCCCAAGACCAUGACUGACAUGUACUCACACUUCCUGCUGGUCCAGACAAAGAGGAAGCAGAAAAAGUACCAUGGAGGACAUGAGACAAGUUCACAGGAGCUGAUGGAACCUGAUAGGGAAGUUCUUCUGAAGCUGGGGAGGCUGGCGUUUAAACAUUUGGAGAAAGGAAACAUCAUGUUCUACCAAGAAGACCUGGAGCAGUGUGGUCUGGAUGUCACAGAGGCCUCGGUGUACUCUGGAGUUUGCACAGAGAUCUUCAAAAGAGAGAGUGUGAUCUUCCAGAAAUCAGUCUACUGCUUUGUUCAUCUGAGCAUCCAGGAGUUUCUGGCUGCAGUCUACAUGCUCCACUGUUUCACCACCAGGAACUCAGAGGUGAUGGGUAGCUUCCUGGGACAGCAAUACGGAGAAACAUCUCUAGAUGAGUUCAUGAAGAAAGUCAUGGAGAAAUCCCUCAGGAGUAAAAAUGGCCACCUGGACCUGUUUGUCCGCUUCCUUCAUGGUCUCACUGUGGAGUCCAACCAGAGACUCUUAGAAGAUCUGCUGGGUCAGACAGAGAACAGUCCAGAAACCAUCCAGAGAAUCAUCACCAACCUGAAAGAGAUGAACACUUUUGACAUCUCUCCUGACAGAAGCAUCAACAUGUUCUACUGUCUGAUGGAGAUGAACGACGUCUCAUUUUAUCAGGAGAUCCAACGGCUGUUGAAAUCAGAGAAAAGAUUAGAGCCAAAAUUCUCAGAGAUCCAGUGCUCAGCUCUGGCCUUCAUGCUACAGAUGUCAGAGGAGGUUCUGGAUGAGUUGGACCUGGAGAAGUACAACACAUCAGAAAAUGGACGACGGAGACUGGUUCCAGCUGUGAGGAACUGCAGAAAGGCUCGACUUGAUGGCUGUUUUCUCUCAGAGUUUGAAUGUGAAAUUGUGGCCUCAGCUGUGCAGUCCAACCCCCAUCUGACUCAACUGGAAAUAAGUGAGAUCUUAAUAGACAGAACUAUCAGAGGUGGAACCUUUAGAGACUCUGGAAUGAAGCAUCUGUGCGUGAUCUUGGGGAGUUCAGUCAGUAAAGUGAAGAUUCUGAGAUUGGUCCAGUGCAGUUUGUCAGAGACCAGCUGGACUUCUCUGUUCUCAGCUCUGAAGUCCAACCCGACCCAUCUGACAGAACUAGACCUGAGCCACAAUGACCUGAAAGAUGCUGGAGUGAAGGAGCUCUGUGGUUUCCUACAGACUCCCGGCUGCAAAUUACAACGCUUAUUAUUGCAGUGGUGCAGGUUGUCAAAGAUCAGCUGUGAUUAUCUGGCCUCAGCUCUGAAGUCCAACAGCCUCCAUCUGACAGAACUGGACCUGAGAGGAAACUACAGGAUGAAGGAGUCAGAUGUUCAGCAGCUGAAGGAUCUUGUAAAGACUGUAGAGUGGAGGCCACUAUCUUCAUUCGAUUUUGACUUCUCAGAGGUUGAAGCUGCAGCAGUUUGAGUCUAAAGAGACUCUGACUGGAUCAUGAUGAUGACCUCUGACCUCUAAGAUUUUCCUCCUGUUUAUUUUCUCAUGUCUAAUAUUGUUUGAAAAAAGAAAUGGAUCUGACUGGUUUGGCUGAAUGCAGAGCAUCUCUGUUUCUCAGCUGAAGUUGGUGAUGAUCUGCAGUUCUGGAUCCUGACCAGGAAAUGAAGAUCAGUUCGUUUACAAACAUCAGAAUGACAGGAAGUUUAAGAUUUGCAAUGAAAUUAUAUCCAAACCGAACAUUUAAUUAAGAUCUGUUCACUUAUAUUUGCAUAAAUUCAUUAAAAAUAAAUAAAAAUGUAUUUCAGAAAG